AUGUCAGAACUCUAUUGUCUCAACGUGGAUCAUACUAUCAACCCGGGAGCUGUGGUCCGAGUACAAUCUUACAAAGCCCACCUACCCAUUCUCUCCGAGACUCCGACCUCAAUCAUCGCCGCCAAGAUGCACCUCUCCAAGCAGAUCCUUACUGUGGUUACCGCCCUCCUGUUCGCCAGCGCUGGUGUCCAGGCCGGUUGCACGACCGAGAGCCCCGGAACUCAGGGUUUCUACGGCGGCAAGUGCAACUCUGACAAGGUCUUCUGCGGCUACGCCCCCUCUGGCGGCUACAGCAUCACUUGCUGCGACACCAAGGCCUGCGAAUAG